AUGGAUUCCAAAUGUUCCUUGGUGAAGCUGAACGAUGGGCACCGUAUGCCUGUCCUUGGAUUUGGUACUUAUGCUCCUGCUGAGGUUCCUAAAAGUCAAGUUAUAGAGGCCACCAAAAUAGCCAUAGACGCGGGGUUCCGCCAUAUCGAUUGUGCUUACUCAUACCAAAUAGAAGAGGAGGUAGGACUGGCAAUUAGAAGCAAGAUCGCGGAUGGCACUGUGAAGAGGGAAGAUAUAUUCUACACUUCAAAGCUUUGGCCCACUUUCAGUCGUCCAGAGCUGGUCCGACCAAGUCUGGAAAAGUCAUUGAAGAAACUUCAAUUUGACUAUGUUGACCUCUACAUCAUUCACUUUCCAAUGCCUUUACAGCCUAGUGAUAAAUCAGUUCCAGUAGAUGAAAAUGGACAGGUGUUAUUUGACACAGUGGACCUCCGCGACACAUGGGAGGCCAUGGAGAAGUGCAAGGAUGCAGGACUGGCCAAGUCCAUUGGGGUGUCCAACUUUAACCAUAGGCAGUUGGAGAUGAUCCUGAACAAGCCAGGGCUCAAAUACAAGCCUGUGUGCAACCAGGUAGAAUGUCAUCCUUAUCUCAAUCAGAAUAAACUGCUUGAUUUCUGUAAGUCCAAAGACAUUGUUCUGGUUGCCUACUGUGCUCUGGGAACUUCACGAGACCCGAGAUGGGUGCACCCGAGUGCCCCAGUUCUGUUGGAGGAUCCAGUUCUUGGUGCCAUGGCCAAAAAAUACAAGCGCAGUCCAGCCCUGAUUGCCCUUCGCUACCAGCUGCAGCGUGGGGUCGUGGUCCUGGCCAAGAGUUUUAAUGAGAAGCGGAUCAAAGAGAACCUGCAGGCAUUUGAGUUCCAGUUGACUUCAGAGGACAUCAGAGUCUUAGAUGGCCUGAACAGAAAUUUCAGAUAUAAUACUGCCAAGUUUUUUGGUGAACAUCCCAAUUAUCCAUUCUCUGAUGAAUAUUAA